AUGGAUCUGGCCAAGUCGUUCUUCAACGUUCGCGAUCACGAAGGUUACGUCGGGAAAGAGGAGCAUAAUAAAAAAAUCGAAACAGCCGUCUCCGAGGAUGAAGUCGAGGUGGAAGUCGGAGGUUUGUGCUGCGAGACUCUGUCUCCGGCACCCGGUGGACCGUUCUCAGCGUUAACACCAUCGAUGUGGCCGCAAGAUAUCCUAGCUAAAUUGAAUCAACCUGAUGAUCCGAAUUCACAGCCUGAGUACAGAUUCGACGAAUUUGGUUUCCGUGUGGAAGAAGAAGAUGGUCCUGAGCAGAGUUCAAAGAAAUUAUUGGGAAUACCGUUUGUUGAAGAUCCUCAACAUAGAUUACAAUGGGUUGCUCUCUUGGAAUUUAGUCACAACAAAGAAGUAACGGAGCUCUCAUGGCAAAAUAUGGACCGAAGGCUGCCGCGGACCGAUAAGUUGCGCGAAAUGGUUCGACGUGGCAUACCUCAUUCCUUAAGACCGCAGAUCUGGAUGCGCAUGUCAGGGGCACUUCAGAAGAAGUGUUCGUCAGAAAUCAUGUACAAAGAUAUAGUGAAAGCCUCGAGUAAUGACGCAUUAAUGACGAAUAAACAAAUUGAGAAGGAUCUCCUUCGCAUUAUGCCAGCCAAUGCAUGUUUCAGCCAUCUCCAUAGCACUGGUAUACCCCGUUUAAGGCGUGUUAUGCGUGCUUUAGCUUGGCUUUAUCCUGACAUUGGUUAUUGUCAAGGCACGGGUACAAUGGCAGCGUCAUUAUUGUUGCUCUUGGAAGAGGAAGACGCAUUCUGGAUGAUGGCGACGAUAGUAGAAGAUUUAUUACCAGCCUCUUAUUAUUCUUCAACAUUGCUGGGUAUUCAAGCCGACCAAAGAGUGCUUCGCACAUUAGUAACUAAUUAUCUUCCUGACAUAGAUCACGUUUUAGUGCAACACGAUAUAGAACUGAGCCUCAUAUCUCUCCACUGGUUUUUGACUUUAUUCGCAUCAGUUGUACAUAUGAAGAUAUUACUGCGGAUAUGGGAUAUGUUCCUUUUCGACGGAUCCAUAGUUCUGUUUCAAAUCACACUUGGGAUGUUGAAGAUAAAAGAAACGGACUUGAGACAAUUGGAGAACUCGGCGCAGAUAUUCAACGCGCUUUCAAACAUACCAGGAGACGUCGACGACGUUGACCAACUAUUCAAUGUGUCCUUAGAAGUUAGCGGAUCAUUGACGGACGUGUUGGUUGAAACUCACAGACGCCGUCAUUUGGCAUACUUGAUGGCUGAUCAGGGUGGCUUAGUAGGGAAUCCGGAUGCAGUACCGAAUUUGCCGAAGCAACAUUUGAACAGACGCCAAAUGAAGCGAAAUAAAUCAAUGCUGCAAACGUUUCUGUUUGGGAACGAUGACGGUGAAGAUGACGCGAAAUCCAAAAACAUUCGUCAAACAGAAAUUCUAGUCGACCUGAGGGAAGCCGUGUUGCAAGUGGCGAGGCACUUCAUAAACGUCGACCCGAAACUGAACAACAUUGUGCUCAUAGCAGAUUACACUAUGGAGAGUCACGCGAAAGAUCACGACAACUAUGUGAACGUAUCACGAACGCGGAAGAGAAGAGCGAAGGCUCUAUUAGACUUUGAAAGACACGACGACGACGAGCUCGGUUUUCGAAAGAACGAUAUAAUCACGAUCAUCAGCCAAAAGGACGAGCAUUGCUGGGUAGGAGAGCUCAAUGGAUUGAGAGGAUGGUUCCCCGCCAAGUUCGUUGAGCUACUGGACGAACGGAGUAAACAGUACACGUGUGCCGGAGACGACGCGGUGAGCGAAGCCGUCACCGACUUGGUAAGAGGUACACUGUGUCCUACCGUGAAAGCUGUGCUCGAGCAUGGAAUGAAGAGACCGUCAUUUUUGGGCGGGCCGUGCCACCCAUGGCUAUUUAUAGAAGAGGCUUCCAACAGAGAAGUGGAGAAGGACUUCAAUUCGGUUUACAGCCGAUUAGUUCUGUGCAAAACGUACAGAUUGGAUGAAGAUGGUAAAGUUCUGACUCCGGAAGAGUUGUUGUAUCGUUGCGUUCAGUCAGUGAAUUUAACGCACGACAACGCGCACGCUCAGAUGGAUGUGAAAUUGCGUUCCCUCAUCUGCCUCGGGUUGAACGAGCAAGUGCUACAUCUGUGGCUGGAGGUUUUGUGCUCGUGCGUGGAGGUGGUGCAAAAGUGGUACCAGCCGUGGAGUUUCAUAAACAGCCCAGGCUGGGUGCAAAUCAAGUGCGAAUUAAGGAUAUUGAGCCAAUUUGCAUUUAACUUGAAUCCCGACUGGGAACUACCGCCGAAGAAGGAGCAGUCGCAGCCUUUGAAGGACGGGGUCCGUGAUAUGCUAGUCAAACAUCAUCUGUUCAGUUGGGAUCUUUAGCGUAUUAGAUUAGUCCGCGAUUGUAGAGAGGCUUUCACGUCUAAACUCUUGAACUUUCAUGCACAAUAAUGAUAGUGUACAAAUACGUGAUCUCAUUUUUCGUCAUUGUAUAUGAUGUUAAUUUAUAACCAAUAUUACUGACGUACGUACAUACACACACACACACGCGCGUAUAAUUUGACCUUUCUAAUAUAUAAACCUUUAAAAGUA